AUGCGUUUGGACGAGUUGACCCCCGAGAAACACGCGCAGAUCAUGGACGAUGUGAGGAAGGAGUUGAAAAACCCGCACAAACCGACGCCGAUUCCCGACGAGACGCCCGUCCUGCUGCAGGAUGUGAAAUCGCUCCCCCUGACGAUCCGGCUGCACUUCCCGAACAACUUCGAGAUGGCGGCCAAGCCGAGCCUCUCCGCCGAGUCCAUCUCGUCC